AUGAGGUUUCUCACGGAGCACGUAGAGAACUUCGAGACGGGUACGGCGGGGCCGACUAACGUGAAGCUGGCAGCUGUACUAGGGCAGUCCAUGGCAUUCAUGAACGCCGCUUUGGAUGCUCAAGCCACACCCACCCUACUCGGGGACGAGACCUUGUCCAGUGCCCGUGCUGCUGUGAAGAGCGGCUUACCGAGGUUCAAGGCCGCUAUGGACCAUAUCGGCCGACUGAAGGGAACGGUUCGGAGGAGGAAGGCCUAUACCUGUCUACGUCUCCUCUACGACAAGCUUACCCGCUUCGCAGCGGCUCAGCCGUAUAGUGGCAUCAAUCGCAUCAGAGGGCGAAAAUCGGUGAAGUACCAGACGGACCAAUUCGCGAUAAAAUCCCUGCUCAGCGAGCCAAUGGAGGCCACCACCAGUCAGGUCUCAGAUGAUGUAGCCGAGGAGGUGAUUACUCAUCUUGUGAAGGCAUUUGGGCUGCCCUACAAUCUCAUGUGCGAUGCUGAGGAGGUCGUCAGACGAGCGUAUGGCUAUCGUUCUGAGGAGAACUAUAAGGCGGCUAUAGAGCGGAUACUGUCCAAGUGGGCUGGCAUGGACCAAAGGGAGCGGUGCCGAUUCAAUGCAAGGCUGAUAGACUCUCCUCAGCGUAUCAUAAGUGCUAGUGCGCGGGGCUGCUUUGAUAUUCUCACCAACGUCCACAGUCUGCAACUGGACCGAGCCGAGAACCCGUCCGCCCGCGUUAUUAGGGAGCUUGGCAAGGCCGGUGCCCUGAUUCAUGGUCCUGAGGGCAGCAAGUCUCCCAAGAGUGGGAUCGUCACCUGGUUGGACCGCAUCACCGACCGAGACAGACUUCGGGCUAUAUCAGAGCUAAGUGUGGCAAUGAUAAUGGUGAUGAUAGAUGAGUUCUGUGAGGAGUAUAAGCUCGACUACGCAUGCCAGAAGACGCUGAAGUUCGCAGUACCGUGCACCGAGGUGGCCAGCAUUAUCUAUAAUAUGACGGCGAGAGACCACACAUUGCUGAAGGCCAGUCACAACCCCAGCGCCUACGUUAUGAAGGAGCUCAGAGGGAAGACAGUUACUCGUGAGAGGCCGUCGUCAAUGCAAGAGCCUUACCAACCUGGAAGGCCCCUCCUCCGCCCUUUACCUACUCGGGAGAGGUCUCGAAGCCCUCCGGGCCGAGGGCCACCAACAGGUUUUGAUGUCGCUGGCCCGACAGGAGGCGGUCGGUUUGGCCCUGAACGUAAUGACAGGUUUUCGACUAGAGGACCUCCUCUGCAGUCGUACAGUUCAAGCGGGCCUUAUUCCGGCAAGGGCAGUGGUAAGGGUGGUGGUGGUAAGGGGAACGGCAAGGGCAAGGGCAACGGCCCGCCGUUCAUGGCGGGGACAGCAAAUCCCUAUGGAGUUCGUGGCCCCUCUGCCCCCGCUCCUCGUCGACCCGGUGGACGUUGGAGUUGA